AUGAAUCAAGCAAGUUGUUUUUUGCUUUUGUUUCUUAUUGUUUUAUCAACAACAGCAAAUAUCGAAGAUGAUUUCCAUGAUGAUAUUGAAUUGACCAGCGACAUGCCAAAUGUCUGUUCAAAAAUUGAAACUCGUACUGUAACUAAACUUGUUCCAUGUCUCAAAAGUUAUGAUCAUCUUGUUAAAGUAUGGUCACGCAAUUGUUCUAAUGGUCGUCGUAUAUGUCCAAUAUAUGAACAUAGAACGGAAUAUUAUCAAAGUGAACAAACAAUAACAAAAGAAAUAAAUGUGACCAUCUAUCACUGUUGUCUUGGAUGGACACGUCUCAUUCAUGAUUAUGGUUGUCCUAUUGCAAUGCAACCAAAUCGAGUGCAACGAAAAAUUCCUUUACGACAUGCAUAUUCUCAUCAAUUAGAUUCAAUUAAUAAUCGUUGUCCACAAAAUCGUUUUGGUAUGCAGUGUGAAUAUUCAUGUUCUCAAUGCAUCUUUGGUACAUGUAAUUGGCGUAUGCGAAUAUGUGAUUGUCAAUCAGGUUUUACUGGAGUGUUUUGUAAUCAAACAACAGUGAUUGAAAGAAAUAUUAUUGAUGAAACACAUCGAUGCCAAUUAUGUCAUAAAGGAAAUACGGCUUCAUGUCAUAUGGAAACUGGCAAGUGUCAAUGUUUGCCCGGUCAUCGUGGAAUUCGUUGUGAAGAAGAUUGUCCAAAUAGUUAUUAUGGUCGUGAUUGUAUCCAUCGAUGCUCAUGUCAAAAUGGAGGAAUAUGUGAUUCACGUGAUGGUCAUUGCUUUUGUUUAUCUGGUUUCACAGGUAGUCGAUGUGAAUCUUCAUGUCCAGAAAGUACCUUUGGACAUAUGUGUUUGCAAAAAUGUCAAUGUACAGGAGAUAAUAUUUGUCAUCCACGAACAGGAGAAUGUAAUUCAUUAUCUUGUAAUGGGGAUUCAAAAUGUUUAGUGGAACAACAAAGAAAAAAAUCUUUAAUAUCUUCAUGUCCAGAAGGUUAUUAUAGUCCACCUAAUUGUCGUCAAAAAUGUAUGUGCAUGAAUAAUGCUCAAUGUGAACCAUUAUCGGGUCGUUGUCUAUGUCAUUCAGGACAUGCCGGACGAUAUUGUGAACGAUCUUGCGAACGUGGUUGGUAUGGCCCUGGAUGUAUUCAUCGAUGUAAUUGUCAUCAUGGAGCAACAUGUGAUGGGCGUACAGGAGCUUGUCUCUGCGGAAUGGGUAUAACAGGAAAAUUAUGUGAUCAAGAAUGUCCUGAAGGAACAUUUGGUCGCAAUUGUUCAGAAAUAUGCCAGUGUAAAAAUGGUGCUCAAUGUAAUAAAAAUACAGGUUGUUGUGCUUGUUCUAUUGGAUAUUAUGGUUCGACUUGUCAGUUUGAUUGUCGACCAUUUACAUAUGGAUAUUAUUGUUCUCACACAUGUAAUUGUUCAACAGAAACAUCAGAUGGUUGUGAUUCAAAAACGGGUAAAUGUCAAUGUAAACUUGGUUUUCAUGGUGAUCGAUGUGAAAUCGCAUGUCCACCAGAACAAUGGGGUUAUGAAUGCUUAAAUAAAUGCGAUUGUAAUGGAAAUUCAUGUAAUUCUCAAACAGGUAUAUGUGAAUGUCCAGCUGGUCGAACUGGUGUUCGAUGUGAAGAAGAUUGUCCACCAAAUACCUAUGGUAUUGGUUGUAAACCAUGUUCAUGUCAAUCAUUUCAAUUAUGCGAUGUUGUAACAGGCGAAUGUAAAUGUCCAUCAGGUUGGAAAGGUGAUGCUUGUCAAUUUCCAUUAACAGCAAAUGGACCUGAUAUGCCGGAUAGAGGCGAUAUGUAUAAGAAAGAUACUUAA